GGUAUCUUACAGUCACACUCUGGCCGCCGGAGAGUGUGGUAGUGUGUGUGUCCUAUUGCAUAAGUACAUAGGCUAUUCGCCAUUGUGAACUCGUAGAAAUUUUUCUACGCAUAGGGACUUUUCCCUAUUGCGGACUAACUUGUUGCUUUGUGUGUGACUUGAAGGGAAACUGUUGUUCGUCACAAUAUGACUAAAAUGUUAGCUGGAAGUAUUGUAAUUAUGAACUGGAGUCUUUCACUUUCCGUAGUGGAUGGUACUUACAUUUUGACUGAUAUUUAAUGGUGAUUUGUGGCAGUGGCAUAAUUCUAGACGUGAGGUGAGGACACAGACAUUUAUAAUCUAAUUUCGAAGAUGGUGACUCUUAGCGUGGCAGUGGUAGUGCUGGUGAUCGUUGGAGUGGACAAUUCUCAAUCAUUAGAACAGGUGGGCACGUCUUCGACACCUUUACCGCCAGCAGGCGAGUCUUCAACAGACUCUGCACUCCCCACCACAGACUCCUACUACCCCACCCCGACUGAAAUCCACAUAAGCAGUGAAAACGUGACACAAGAGCUGAUAAACAUGCCUGCUGCUCUAGAUAAAGUUACCCCUGAAGGAGACGUCAGUACAAGUUCUCCACGAAGGAAUGGCAACACAAGCACUACACAAAUGGUGACUAUGGGGACCGUAGCAGCAUUGACAGAAGCUGGAGCCCUGACUUCGGGCAACAAGACGAUGAUACAGCAGCGUGCGGACCAGCUGGUCCAGUGCCACUGUGGUUCCCAGGAAGUUCUGAUGAAAGGAAAGUGCCAACCAUUCCCGAAUGUUAUCUUAAUUGACACACAAUUAGACAAUGUUCGCUUCGUAAAGAAAUCAGUUACCGAGCUGAAUGUUAUUGUGCAAGAUCUAGACUGCAAUAUGAAGGACGACCAUAGAGAAAUGAUGUUUACAGAAGGGCAGUUUUACCUUCGAACUCGCGGAGACAUUGUGCUCUCAGACACUGCUGGUUAUCUGAGUGGUUUGCGCAUCAACAACUAUUGUGUCAGCCAUUCUUUGGACGAGAAGGGGAAUCUCGCAUCGAUACUAAAGGCGUGUGUCCCCCCUCCCUCUAUACCGCGUUGCUGCCCCGUUGGUGAAGCUCUCAGUGAUGGUGUGUGUAGCGUAACACCAUCUCCACCUCUACUGUUGCCUCCACUGUCUGCUGGGCCCUUCAAGGACAGCGUCCAGUGGCCAGUUAUCAGAAACCACUACAACCCACUCAACUGCACCGAGGAUCCUAUGAAAACAUUGUUACUGGGCUCUGAAGUAUCCCACCUAGUGGCCCUCCCAACAGGUGUCAUACACACCUGGGUGUUAUCUGAGGACACAGCCGAACGAAAAUACACAUUUCCUCCUGAAUUUUGUGUAGAUGGACGGGAGAAUCUGGAUGGAUCUCUUACAUACACAGCCAACUUGUGUUACAGUAACCCGGAAGAACGUCACCACAGAAUUUGUGAUGGUAACAUUUGUGUCCGCAAGUGUUGUAAUUAUGGACAAAUAAUGGACACUUCCCUCCACAGAUGUGUACAUUAUAAUAAUACAACUUUUACACCGCCCAUCAACAUCACGCAACCAUACAAGACAGUGUUUGGAUUCCCACUUUGUGUACCUCAAACUCAAGUGACUAAUUUUACUCUGGACGAAACGGGACAUCUUAUUUAUCCAGGAAGAAUUUUACCCUCUACUGACUACUGCAUUGAUACAUUCCACGAUGGCAAGGGGAAGAUAGAAGACAGUGGUUUAGCAUGUCUGAGUGUGCUUUCAGAGUGGGACAAAAUUCGUGUGACAUUGUUACCCGCGUGUCAUAUCAUCUCGUUGGUUUUCCUGUGUCUGACAGUUUUAUGUUACAUCAAGGUGCCAGAACUUCUUAAUAAUGGUGGAUGGUACCAGCUCUGGCAUGUUCUCUCCCUUAUGGUAGCAUAUGCUUGUACCCUAUGCCAAAGGAUCUUCAAUAGGCACUUGAAUGAUUUGACUUGUGUCAUAUUAGCACUCGUCAUGCAGCUUGGAUAUCUUGCUGCAUUCUUCUGGCUUAGUGUUCUCUGCUUCGAAGUCUGGAGAAAAGUUAAGAGCCUGAGCAAAUAUCUACCUUCAACUGCUAUGCCAGUUUGGGUCUAUCCACUCUUUGCCUUUGGAGGACCAUUCAUGAUUGGAAUUAUUACAGCCUGUAUGCAGUACCUAGCACCAGAUAAUGUACCAGGAAUUUUAAAGCCCUACAUUGGUGAAGCAAAAUGCUGGUUCAGAGGUGAAUUGGAACUGUUUUUGUACUUCUAUGGCCCCAUAACAGUUCUGUUUGCCUGUAAUAUUGGGUUCAUUGGACAUACAUAUUGGAACUUCAGGAAAUUUGAUAAUAAUACAGCAGUUUUGAGGAACUUUACCAAUGAUAAACCUGUUGGUGAUGCUAAGACUACAGCAAGACCUUCCUUAGAACACACACACCGUAGACGAAAUUACAUUUCUGAUUUCAAGCAGCAGUUCUCUCUCCUGGUGCUCAUGUCAACAUGUUGGGUUGCUGAGAUUCUGUCCUGGAAAAUUCCUCCACCUGAAAUGUGGGCUGUCACCGAUAUCAUGAAUACACUGCAAGGCUUCUUCAUAUUUCUCAUCUUUUUGGCAAACGCAAGCAAGCGCAAACACCUCAAGAAUAAGUAUCCAGGAUUGUUUGUGGUAGUAAAGCAUUUCAAACUGAUAUUCCAGAAAACAAAAUCAUUCAUAUGUGGAAAUGAUGAUAGUGAUGUGGUUCUUUGUCAUGUCAGUGGAAUAACAUCGCAAGUCAGUAGAAAAAUAUCAGGUUCAUCCAUUGUUUCAAAUAUUUCAACUCUGACUUCCUCGUUGAAUAUGAGUUCAGACUCAUCAUUCCAUGUAACCUCAUCUGCUAAGUCUAACAGAAAAAGACCUCCAUCAGUUAGUGAAACAGAAAAUGGUAUUGUUGUUAUUUCUCACUCAUCUUUAUGCUUUACACCUAGCAGUGAAAGUGAUACAUCUCUGUGAUGUGCUGAAGGUGCCAGAGAGGCUUUGCAACAGAGUAUGAUCAAAAUCUAAUGAAUGUAAAUUUAUACUUUGUGGGUUUUCUGCUUAUUUAUUUUUAAAAUACUAUACUGUACUAUAAUUGCUGUAUGAUGCUUAUGGGUUUAGAGCUUAGUUGUGAUUACAUUAAACUGAAUUGUAAGAAAACUAAAGCAAUAUUUCCCAUAAAUGAUGUAAAUCCAAUUAAUCCAUUCCAGACACCCAAAAAUAUUAACAAAAAGUACGUAGUAUAGAGAAUAACUAUAGUUUUACAUACAUAAAAUAAUGAGAAAUAUAAAUGACUAAUGAAAUGGAUAAAUGAAUAUUUAACAUCACUUUUACCUUUAUUGAAGACUCUUGUUGGCCUAUGGAAGACAGCGAGGAGGGAAGAGGGAGGAGAAGUUAUCUCUAGCACCAUUACUACAACCCUCUAGCACUAGAUAAACCUAUCUUUAAGGUAAAAAUUUUUUUUUUUGUUUGUUGAUACUUCUUGGUGUCUGGAACAAAUUACUGUAAUUGGAUUUACAUUAUUUCUUAUGGGGAAAAUGGUUUCGCAAAUCGUCAAUUUCAAUAUUAGUCACACUCUCUGGGAUGGAUUAAUUAUGAAAAACGAGGGUGCAAGGUGAAUAGUAAGGUAGGUAGGUAUCAAAGUGUGGUAGGUAUGUAACCCCCAUCUGGCUACCCCACCCACACAUUAUAUACUAGGCAUUUAAAGUGCCCUUAAAAUAUUUGUAGUCUUAAUGUAGAGUGAGAGGUGAGUAAGCAAGAUGAGUACAUGAGAGUGUAGAAGGUUUGCUGAGCUUUGUAAACAAACCAGUUGUUUUUGUUGUUGUUAGUAGUCCGGACACGAAUGGUUUGUGUUCACUCCGUCAAGCCGACUGGAAAAACAUCUCAUAUUUAUGUUAAUUUAUAUGUUACGUAGCGUGUUUAUUAUAUAACUUUGAAAAAAUAUCAUAGAUGGAUUAAGCAAAAUGUCUAUAUUAACAUUUUAUAUGACACAUAAUGUGCCUCAGAAUGAUUAUUAUUAUUAUUCAUUAUUAAUAUGGCAUCUUCAAGACUAACAACACACUCUUAGUGAUUUUAAUGUGUUCCUGCAUGCCAGCACAGGCACAAGUUGUGGAGUUUAAAGCAGUUAAGUUCAGUGACAAAGUGUAACAUUUAAGAGUAGCAUUAAGUGUAGCAAUUAAGCGAUAGAAAAAGGACGAAACAAAAUAAACUCUUGACAGCAUAAGCUGCUCUGCCUGUUUUCUGCAAGAUAUGUAAAUGGUGUAUGUAUGCCAGUUCAUUUGUACAUUAUGGUUUUCUUAUGAAAUAUGUGAUCUAAUGCUGUUUGCCUCACAAACUCCAUUUUCUUGUAUACUAACACGUCUGAAGGAGGAACCACUGUCCUCCCCCGCCACCAUAUACGUAAUGACAUACAUGUUUUAUUCGUUCUGGAAUAUAUAUCAGGUUUUUGUUAUUUAUGUUGUUUAUGUCAGAUGAAUUGUGAUAGAUAAAUAAGCCGUAGAGUUGAUAAUAGCAUCAUAUUAAAGCAGUGGCAUCGCUAGGGUUGGUGUCACCCCCAUGAAAUCCAAGGGCAGGGGGAUGGGGGGAGUCAACCCCGGUUACUUCACUACUGCAUGACCAGUAACUGAUGUUUAGCAAUGAGAACGUUUAAGGGCUAUAAACCGAACAGGAGAAUACUUCUCAACUUGAUUAAUGAUUAAAUAAAUAAUAGUAGUAAUAUUAAGGAAACAUAAACUCAAAUACCACUUUGAGUACAGUUAACAGAUCCUACAUUUAUUCAUCUUCAACAAUGCAAAAAAAAAAAAAAAAAAACUUGAAAAAUAAAGAAAAACAUUGCAAUAUCAGAGAAACACUAGUUCCGAUUUGACCUUGAGUACAGGUAACAUCUCGGUGAAUCUGAUUUUACAUUUCCUUGCCUUCAAAUCUGCAAAAUCUUCUAUCACAUCAUAAUUAUUGAUUUUUCCCUAUACAUGUAUAGGCCUGUAGAAACGUAAGAUUUUUAUCUUUUGUUGGUGCAGCACAGUUUUGGGCAUUAGUGUCACCUUUAGAGGCUCUAUGGUGUCAUCCAGGGCGGCCCCUCCCCCUUACAAUGCCACUGUAUUGAAGUACUGUUUUGUCAUGCCUCCUGACAGCAGGAACGGAUUAAUUGGAUUUACAUUAUUUAUGGGAAAUAUUGCUUCAACUUUAGGCCUAGCUACUGGAAUGGGUUACGGCCGAAACUCAGGGUUCCACUGUACGAGCAUAUUGAGUUACGAGCUAGGUCACGGUACGAAUUAAACUCGUAAGUCAAAGUACCACUGUACGUGCAUUCUCAUAUCUUAAAAUUUCAUGAGCACAUCAGUCAGAAUCAGAAACCUCUCAUGUAUUAGCUAUAUAAAACAAAUUUACAUUUGUUGGAUAUGACUGGAUACUCUAUAACCACAUCAGGCCCAAUGCAGCUUUAUUAAAGUUCAUACAUUACUUAAUACUACUACAUUGUAGUAUAAAUGCCUACCCAAAACAAUAUUGCCUUACACCCAAUUGUAGUAUUCUCAUAAUGUAAACUACUUUCAACAACUCAGUGUUAUAUUCCCAUAAUAUAAUUUAAAUAUUUACUAUUGAUAUACAAAACCUACAAAAUACUUUCAACUUGUCCCAGUGUAAUAUUCCCAGAUUGUAAUUUGAGUAAACUCAUUGUCUACUAUAACUAAAAACAGACGUACAACUUAAAACUAUGAUCAAUUUCUCUAGUAUUAAGUAGUUUUUAAGCCAUUAAAUUUAGUCUGCCCAUAAUGCCAAGACAUAAUAGUGGCUCUUUGCACUGCAACUCAUUAUUGUAAUUUCAUAAUCGCAGUAUAAUCUUGCAAGGAAAUAAAAAUUUGUAUUUGUAUUGUUUUUCUUGUUGAACUGUUAAUUUGCUGUAUAUUUAUCUUACCUGUUGACUCUCAGAACACCUGAAGGGUGUUCAGAGAGUCAACAUCCCUAUAGCCAGGUCUUGCAGUGGAUCAGGCCUGAUCAACCAGGCUGUUAUUGCUGGCGAUAUAUCUAAACCAAUUUACGAACCACAGCCUGCUUGGUCAGGUACCGACUUAAGGUGCCUGUCCAGCUCCCACUUGAAGACAGCUAGGAGUCUGUUAGUAAUCCCCCUUAUGUAUGCUGGGAGGCAAGUUGUGUAUACUCCAAGUUGCGAAGUUGCCGAUUUCUUGUUUAUGAAUUUCUGUACAGAAUUAAGCUUUAACAGUGAUUUGUUUUAGCAUAAUUACAGUAUUAUGUUCAUGGGAGGAGUGCAAAACCAGUGGGUCACAUAGCACUUGGGGUAAUAGGAGGCAUUUGGGAUCAAUCCAAGGAAGGGAAAGACAGAUCCAAUUCCAUGGAUGAAGAGUCCUUCACUGGCAUCGAGGAACCUCCCAUGAGGGGUGUUUAGUACAAAUCAUAAAUCUAGUCAUAUAAAUCUGUAGAAGGGUAGGGAUCAUCCUACUAAAAGAUGGAGGUGGUAAGAAGUUUUCUGUGUAAGGGGCUUGGACAUACAGCAGGCAUGUGUGUGUUUUAGAUAGUAAAUGGAGAUGAAUGGUUUUUGGGACCUGAUGAGCUGUUGGAGUGUGAGCAUGGUAGUAUUUUAUGAAGGGAUUCAGGGGAAACCAGUUAGCUGGAUUAGUCCUGGAAGUGAAAAGUACAAUAUCUGCACUCGAAAGGAGGGGUUUGGGAUAUUGGUGGUUUGGAGUGACAUCUAAACUGUCAUAUCUGGUUACUUCUGCAAAGACAGUGGUUGUGUGAAUGAUGAUUUUUUUUUUUUUUUUUUUUUUGGGGGGGGGGGGUCACCCUGCCUUAGUGGGAGAUUGCUGACAGGUUGAAAAAAUAAAUUACUACUAUCUCUUCAAAUUUCCGCUGCCGAUUCUUUUGAUCAAUUGCGACUUCUUCCUAUUCUCCGCACACUGUAUGAUUCCCCCUAUGGGUUUAGCACCCGUAAAUGUAAUACUGGCAGUACUGGAAUACAAAAUUAUAAUUUUAGAAUUUAAGACAGCUGAAGCAUAAUUCAGUACCCACAAUGUUUAUAUACCAUGCACUCUGCAUUGUGGUCAUUGCUAAAAUGUAGUAGAUGUAAAAAGUGUACAGUUUUAAUAUACAGUACAAUAUUCUAUCUGAAGUUAAAAGUGUUGUAUAAUUUCGUUUUUCUUGAUACCGUGCCCUUUUUGUAAAUGGUCCAAGUCAGACCGAAACGUCGUCGUAAGCUUCUCUUAUGUGCUGGUUAUUUGUGUAUCGUUCCAGUCACGGUAUUGUGCUUUUUUUUUUUUUUUUUUUUUUGGCUACAGCCAAUUUGAUUUUGGUAUCACUUUCUACAAAAGAAAUCUUACACAAUUGUUAGUGCUGUACAUCACUUUAAUGUCUUAAUUUGCAAGGGGCAUGAAAGGUGUGUAUUUCUGCACUGUGUGGGUAUUAGAUAUCCUAUUGGUUUUGACAGGAAGAAUCUUAUGUUCACCAAAACACGGGUCAGUAUGUUUUACAUAGUUUCUAAAGAAAUCUUUACUAGCCUUGAUUAAUUAAACAUUUGAAAAUGUACAAUGUAGUCAUUAGUGUUGUUAGUAAUUAAAAGUGUACUGAUAGUUAAAAAAUACUAACAAAUGGUUAGAAGGACACUAAACACAGGGUACAAUGUUUCACCCACAGCAGCAUUUAGUACAAUACAUACAGUAUAGUUUUUGUAGAGGCUUCUGCAAACUGGUAAGAUAUAUUAUUAGCCCCUGACCCCCAAAAGGAAUUCUUAGAUGAUUUUCCCCAUUUGUCAUUUGUUUACAUCCUCCUGUGUACUUGCACUUUUGCAUUCCCUUUGCUUACCAGUGACUCGGACCUCGAGCUCCAUUUAAGUGGACCCAUUUUGUUCAAGGGUCGCCUUUACACUAGUUUGCUAUUUUUUUUUCUUUUUAGUGCUUUUGGAUUAUUAUUAUAAUCAAGGGGGAAGCGCUAAACCCGGAGGAUAAGUGCUUUUGGAGAAUUUAUAAAGUACUGUAAUUCUUGUAAAUUCUUAUUUCAAGACAUUUGUUAAAAGGUGUGCAAGCAUUCUUCAGUACUGUGCCAGAAUGAUGCAUUUCAUUAUUUGGUAUAAUGUUGAAAGUAAUUUUUAAUAGAUUUUUUCAUGCAAUUCUAAAACUACCAGUAGUAAUGUUUACUGAGGCAGUAAAUAUGAGCAUAUUAUAAUCUGCAAGUUGAGUUGGACUGCCAACCCAGUAGGUGUACGGUGAGAACAGAUACGUCUGCACUGUCACAUUACUUUGUACAUAGACUACUAUGAGGCUUUUAGAAGUCUCCACAGUCUUCUCCCCCCCCCAUGACUUUCCAUGUUUAUCACAUGCCCUGCAGUACUGUAUGACCCUCAUGGGUUCUUAUAACCUUCGAGUCAGUAAAUUGACAAGGUCUUUGGAGCAAUAAUUUAACCUUAAUUUGUAGGAGGCUCUGAGUCUUCAUUUCAGGCCCUGCUUGUAUAAUAUCCAGGAUCUUGAGAUAAAAAUUUUGUAAAUAGUUCUACAUUGUGCAGUUGUAAAGUACAGGGAAAGGCCUUAAUAGUGUAUACUAAGUUUUCAGUGCUGUUACAAAGAUGCAGUUCAUAGGAUGAUCAUUGUAAGUUAUGUUGGUACUUUCAUUUUGUAAUUGUGAUUAUAAUUGUAAUAAAACUGACUGACA